AGCCAUGGAAGACAGAUUCCCGUCCCGUGCUCGGAGAGCUGCCAAAGCUUGUAGCUUUUGUCGGCGAAGAAAGUUGCGCUGCGACGAAAAGCCAAAAUGCUCCAACUGUGAGGGAUAUGGCAAGGAAUGUGUAUACAUGGCCGACCCUCCACGACCCCGGCCAUCCAAAGCCCGGAUUGCUCACUUGGUCGCAGAAAAUGAGCAACUUCGGGAGAGACUCAGACAGGGAAGUGCUAAACCUGUGCAAGAAGGCACGGGGCAAGAACUGCAGGGGAACCCCGAUGGAGAUCUCCAUCAGCUGUCCGAACCCGGAAAGACGGGUCAUUCUCAGUCCGUAGUUUCCGGCAUUUUUAUCUCCGCCAACGGAGACUCCAGCUACCAUGGACUCACCAGUACCCUGUUUGACGAUGCCCGUAUGGGCCGCCAUGACUCAGCCGAACUUGCUGAUCCUGCUAUUCCUGUGGAGCCCAUUCGGAAACAGCUGAUGGGAGAGGCUGCUUUUCAACGACAGCUAGAAACGUUGAACUUUCAGCAAGGGAAGUUGGACUUUGACGGCGUAGACCCUGAGCUGGGAAUGCACCUGUUGUCCCUGCAUUGGAACCGUCAACACCACUCCUUCUUGAUAACCUAUCGCCCUGCUUUCAUGCGUGAUAUGGCAACCAACGGGCCUUACUUUUCAAAGCUCCUUCUGAACGCGAUAUACUUUGGGGCAUCCAAGUUCAGCAAUCGGUCCGAAGUGCGUAGAGACCCUGACGACGCCCGCACCGCUGGGUGGACCUUUCGCAUGAGGGUCAAGGAGCUGCUGGGGAGUGCCUUGGAUCGUAGUGAGGUCACCACCAUCCAGGCGCUUCUGGUCAUGACGAGCUCUCUGUUCGCUCUGGGGGAUGAACGUAGCGCGGCCUGGCUAUAUGCCGGCACGGCCUUUCGAAUGAUCAUUGACCUGGGCAUGCAUGUGGAUGCUACGAUGCUCCCUAGUAUGCGCCGUCUCUCGCGAGAGGAUCUUGAGAUCCGACGGCGUGUAUUUUGGGGGGCUUUUGUGGUGGACAAGAUCCAGUCCUUAUAUCAAGGACGACCAGCUAGUCUCCAGCACUUCGAUACCAAAGUUUUGUUGUCUUUCCUGGACCAUUAUGAAGAGCUGGAGCCCUGGCAGCCUUUUGCAUAUUCAGACGUGCUGUCAUACCCGGGAUCACCCGCCUACAGUGUGUCGACAUUUAUGCAGCUCAGUAAACUGUCGCUGGUUUUAAAUGAGAUCUUAAACAAGGUUUACUCGGAACGAAGCUCAAACCGGUCGCCUCACAAUCUCACCGCCACACUCAAUAGACUCGAUGUGCAGUUGAAAACCUGGUAUGAAGCCCUUCCAGACCACUUGCGAUACACCAACAGUACCACGGGGGUAGUUCCGCCACCACACGUUCUCUCGCUACUAGCUUUGUACAAUGUUUUGGUUAUUCUGCUUCACCGGCCGUUUGUGUCCGAAGGACAUCUUCACACUGCCGACCCAUCGGUGGCCCUAAGCUCCUUCACCACCUGCACGGCGGCCGCUUCCAGCAUCAUUCAAUUGCUCCAAGCCUACGACCACACCUUCUCCAUUCGACGAGCGCCGUACCUGAUCUCAUACGCCACAUAUGUAGCGGCGACAAUAUUCGUGCGAGUUGCGGCCCAACGGGAGGGCGUCAGUCGGGCCCACACCAACCUCCAGAGCUGCCUCGACAUAUUUAAGAAGAACCAAGAGACCAACUGGGCCGUGCGACGAGCCCAAAACGUAAUUCUACAUUUAAUGGACCGGAUGGGUGUUCACUUAAAUGGCCGCACCGCUAUCGUCGAUGACCGUCCUGGCAGUAUGGAAGAUCGAUCAAAUAACCUGACGAUCUCAGCUGGAAGACCAUUAGUAUCGGCGCCUGCGGUCAGCCACGAGUCCCCACCAGAGAUAGAACCGUCCGAGCUGGAUAUUGACAUGAUCAUUCAAAGCUUCAUGCGAACGCAGCCUAGACCCGCAGAAGGGCCUCUGUGCGAACAUCUGGAGUUCUCAUUUGGAUCUACUGUGACUGAUUCAACCAAUCAGAGUUCUUUGGCUCCAGCAGUCAUGCCGUAUGAGGAGACGUACUCUUAUCCACAAUUAGAUGAUAUGUUGUUUGGUUUCAACGGAUCUCCACAGGAUAAUGCAUUCAGUGAUGAUUAACCUGCAUUCCGCUUUUGUAUGAGUGAUCUUGACCUGUACACUACAUUAUACCAUCGUUAUCCUUUUCUCUGUUCCAAGCGAUGAACGUCAAUCGGAACUCCCCGU